AUGGAUAUUCUCCAAAAUGGGUCAAAUCAUAUUAUCAAGAACGACGAUGGUGGCUGGGGGAUAGAUGUAGAAAGCCACAGCUUUAUGUUCGGCACGGUCACCAACUAUAUUUGCCUAAGAAUUUUGGGGGUGGAUCCAGAUCAUGAUGGUCAAGAAAGUGCUUGUGCAAGGGCUCGAAGAUGGAUCAUUGACCACGGUGGUGCUACCUUUACGCCAUUGUUCGGAAAAGCUUGGCUUUCGGUCCUUGGAGUGUACGACUGGUCUGGCUGCAAACCAAUACCGCCAGAGUUCUGGUUCAUUCCUUCUUAUUUCCCUAUUAAUGGAGCUACACAAACACCUCUUAUUCUUCAGCUCCGUGAAGAGCUUUAUCCUCAGCCUUAUGCGGAAAUUGUUUGGAGCCAAGCUCGCAAUCGGUGUGCAAAGGAAGAUCUGUAUUAUCGACAAACAUUUGUACAAGAUUUGUUUUGGAAAAGUGUUCAUAUGUUUUCGGAGAAUGUAUUACAUCGAUGGCCUUUAAACAAGCUCAUAAGAAAAAGAGCUCUCCGAACCGCAAUGGAACUCGUUCACUACCAUGAUGAAGCCACCCAUUACACUACCGGUGGAGCUGUGCCAAAGGUGUUUCAUAUGCUUGCUUGUUGGGUUGAAGAUCCAGAGAGUGAUUAUUUUAAAAAACAUCUUGCUCGAGUCCCUGGUUUUAUAUGGAUUGCGGAAGACGGUCUGAAAAUUCAGAGCUUUGGUAGCCAAGUAUGGGAUACAGCCUUUUUGCUACAAGUCAUGCACUUAGCCGCUGAUGCUGACGAUGAGAUAAGAUCAACGCUCAUAAAAGGAUACUCUUUCUUGAGGAAAUCUCAGCUUACAGAGAAUCCUCCUGGUGACUAUGUCAAAAUGUUCCGAGACAUAUCAAAAGGAGGUUGGAGUUUCUCAGACAAAGAUCAAGGAUGGCCUGUUUCUGAUUGUAUUGCUGAGAGCUUAGAGUGCUGUCUGAUUUUUGAGGGCAUGCCUUCUGAGUUCAUUGGUGAAAAAAUGGAUGUGGAAAGGCUUUAUGAUGCCGUAAACAUGCUUCUUCAUUUGCAGUGGCUUAGUCCGGUAGAGUUUCUUGAAGACACAAUCGUCGAGCAUGAGUAUCUAGAAUGCACGGGGUCAGCGAUUGUAGCGUUGGCUCGGUUCCUGAAACAGUUUCCUGAGCACAGAACUGAAGAGGUCGAAAGGUUUAUAGCGAAGGGAGUGAAAUACAUUGAGCAUUUGCAACUGCCAGACGGUUCAUGGUACGGAAACUGGGCUGUCUGCUUCAUCUACGGAACCUUCUUUGCUGUCCGAGGUCUAAUGGCUGCAGGCAAGACUUAUGAUAACUGUAAGGCCAUCCGUGGAGCGGUCCAGUUCCUUCUCGAGACUCAAAACGUUGAAGGCGGUUGGGGAGAGAGUUAUCUUUCUUGUCCCAAGAAGAAAUAUAUUCCUUUGCAAGGACACAGGAGCAAUGUGGUGAAUACGGGACAAACGUUGAUGGCUCUAGUUAUGAGUGGUCAGAUGGAGAGAGACUCGGGUCCGGUUCAUCGCGCAGCAAAAGUGUUGAUCAAUUCACAGUUGGAUAACGGAGAUUUCCCGCAAGAGGAAACAAUGGGAGUGUUUAAGAUGAAUAUGUUGUUGAAUUAUCCAACCUAUAGGAACACUUUCUCUCUUUGGGCACUCACUUAUUACACAAAGGCUCUGCGUAUAUGUUCCUCUGGUGAUGAUCUCCACAUCUGA